AAAAGGGGGCGUUCCUUUCCCCAUUUUAUCCUAGCGUUUGACUGCUGCCUGAUCUUGUCUGGCGCAGAUCGCUGCGUGGUUGUUGUGUCACUAGGAGUUUCCGACAAAAUACAGCAAGAUGUCGAAAGAUGUCCCACGUGAGCCAGAGCAGCUUCGCAAGCUCUUCAUUGGAGGCCUGAGCUUUGAGACAACAGACGAGAGCCUCAGAGCUCACUUUGAGCAAUGGGGUACCCUGACAGACUGUGUUGUGAUGAGGGAUCCAAACAGCAAGAGAUCCCGGGGUUUUGGCUUUGUGACCUACUCCUCUGUCCAAGAAGUUGAUGCAGCCAUGUCCGCCCGUCCACACAAGGUUGACGGACGGGUGGUGGAACCCAAACGAGCAGUUUCUAGAGAGGAUUCAAAUCGUCCAGGCGCUCAUAUUACAGUGAAAAAGAUCUUUGUUGGAGGGAUCAAAGAAGACACAGAAGAGUCCCACCUGAGGGAUUACUUCCAACAGUUUGGCAAAAUUGAAGUCAUUGAUAUCAUGACUGAUCGGAACACUGGAAAGAAGAGGGGCUUUGCCUUUGUCACCUUCGACGAUCACGAUUCUGUUGACAGGAUUGUCAUCCAGAAAUACCACACAAUCAAUUCCCACAACUGUGAGGUGAGGAAAGCCCUGACCAAACAGGAAAUGCAGACUGCUGGAAUGGGAAUGAGAGGUGGCCGCAGCAGUGGGAGUGGAAGACCCUAUGACUACGACAGAGGCUUUAACCAAGGUGGACGGGGCAGAUAUGGAGAUGGUCCUUACAACGGCAACGGAGGCGAUGGCGGUUAUGGAGGUGGGCCCGGUGGUCCUGGGGGCUAUAACAGUGGCAACCGUGGGUACAACCAGGGCUACAACCAAGGUGGUGGAGGAUAUGGUGGAAAUGGUUAUGAUAGCAAUGGUUAUGGAAACUGUGGCAGUGGCAAUAACUACAACAACAUGGGUCACUAUGACCCGCAGGCUUCCAACUUUGGUCCAAUGAAGAACAACUUUGGUGGUGGUGGUGGAGGAGGAGGCAGAAACUUCGGUGGAUAUGGCGGUGGAUCAAACAAUGGCGGUGGCUAUGGCCGUCCUGGACGAUUUUAAGUUUCUAAGGGGACUGAGUACUUAGGAGAGGAGAGCAAGGAGAGGAGAGCAAGCGAAGUGACAGGGCAGCUGCAGGUUUACCUCCUAAAUCUGCUCAGCCAAACAGUUGUGGCAGGUUACAGCUGCUACAAGAAGAGAUGUACAGUAGAUAAAUCAUGGAGGGCCUUCAUUUAAAAUUUGUCUUCUGUUUUUCUUUCAUCAUAUGUGUUUUUUUUGGAAAGCAAGCAUUCCAAUGAGGGUUUUAUGUUUAUCUUUAAGUCUGGUUUUUAUUUGUAACUGCAUCAACUCAAUCUGAAAUAAACCACCUUUCAGUUUUUUA